CCACAGGAGGAGGAAGAGGAAGUCAAGAUGGCCACGCAGACAGAAGCAGAUACAGACGAAACUUGGGUGUUGGCACUAGAAGCCGCCCUCCCAGACUGUAUAGAUGAGGAAGAUGUCAUCAACAUUACAAGAGGCCGUAUUCUGCCAGAGGAACACAGAGCUCAGAUAUGGCACUUGUGUUUAGGGGGGGCCAUCAAAAACUGCACCUUUUCUCACUUCGAUGGAAUAUUUGACUUGCAAGAACAGAGUAUAAUUAGAGAAGAAUGCAAGAAUUUGGUAGACAAGCUUGGCAACGAAGAUGAGGAUAAAGUCACAGUCGUUUCCAACCUUGAGUCGAUCUUCACGCACUAUUGCAAAACCAGAAAUGUGAGGUUUGAUAGAAAUGCUGCCUGGACGGACCUCCUGUUGCCUCUCCUUGCUGCAAAGAUGAACGCUGAUUCUGCGGCCUUUUGCUUCCAGGAGAUAAUGGAAAAAUAUGUCCCUAGAGAGACAAGCCCUGGUGCCCCUGUCUAUCACCUGUUACGACUACUGCUGCUGUACCACGACCCAGAACUUUCCACAUUUCUGGACUCGCGGAAGAUAACGCCAGACCUUUACGCUACAAAGUGGGUAAGAAGUCUGUUUGCUGCCACCUGUGACCUGGAGGCCGUGUCAGCAGUCUGGGAUGUGUAUUUUACAGAGAAAGACCCAUUUUUCAUUUUAUUCCUUUCUCUUGUCAUAUUAGUUAAUGCCAGGGAGCAAAUUUUAGCAAUGGAGAGAGAGAACAAGAGUGUUAUUAUUGAGACACUUGCGUCCGUUCCUGCCAGCCUGAGAGGUCAAGAUGUUAGUGAUUUCUGUGCACUGGCAAGGUUUUAUGCACUAAGGACUCCGCAGACUUUUAAAAUGGAUUUUGAGCGAGAGAUUUUUGGGUCAGUGUUUUUAGGAAGAGAGAAGAAGAAGAAGAAGAAAAAGAAGAGGGAAGAAGAGGAGGAGGAGGAAGAGGAGGAGCAGGAGGAGGAAGAGGAGGAGGAGGAGGAGGAGGAGGAGAUAAGGGUGGGAGAACUGCCCCUCUCCCAAGCUCUCUGUCUCUCCGUCUCUCCUGAAGAAAUUUUAGAGAUGUCUCACUUCGUCCCAGCUGAUGAUGACUAUGAUCAGGUGCGCUUCUUCCUGGUGGACUGCAGACCUCCGGACCACUUCAACUCUGGCCACUUAACAAACUCCUUUCACUUAGAUGCCACCCUAAUGCUGCACCACCCACCACAGUUUGCCACAGCGGUACAAGGCCUGCUGCUGUCCCAGAAGUCCGCUGUGGCAAGUGGAACGGGUGGAGAACACCUCUGCUUCAUAGGGGCAGGGAGAGAAGAGGAGGAUAAAAAUUUGAACAUGGUUUUGUCCUUCUUCCUUCAAAGAGGCGAGAAAUUGGUGUCUGUAGCUAAAGGAGGCUUUGCAGCCCUCCAUCAGUCCUUAGGGGAAGACCUCUCGCCCCUUUCUGACCACAACCCCAAACAGUGCCUGGUUUGCACCCCCUCCCCCCCCAAGCCUCUCGACCAAUCACAGACAGGCUUCCACCAACUAUCGAGCAAUGGCAGCGCAGGGAACUUCUCGGCCAAUGGGAGUGCAGCGAUGGCUUCCUCCACUUCCGGCUUGACCAAUCGGCUUGCGUCUUUCUCCAGUGUGUUCAAGAGCAGGUCGUCAGAGAUGCGAGAGAAACUUCUGGACUACAUUACAAACCCUGGUGGUCUGGAGGCGCCGACUACAACCACUACUACCACUACUACUGCUACUACUACUGCUACUACUACUACUGCUGCAGCAAGACAUGUUAGGAGUGAGGACCGUGGGAAGCUGUACAGACAAGGAGAUGUGUUUAGUAUACAAGAUGAGGAUGACAACCCAUUUGAGGAAGGAAGAAGAGGAGGAGAGGGAGAGGAGGAGAGAGAAAGUGAGAAUAUGGAGAAAAUUGACCUGAAACUAUUAUUAAAGAGAAAAGAAGUACUCUCAUUCUUUCACUGCCAGCAAGUCAAGGAGAAUGGCCAACUGUUGAAAAGCUUUCUUGUGUUAACGGACAAAACGUUACUGGUUGUGCGCGAAACUGGGACAUCUACAAGCAGAUUGGCGGCAAGAAGAAGCUUGUCGUCUGUGAUAAAGAUUACAUCAAAGAAGCGGCACCCUGAGCUGAUCACUUUCAAAUAUGGCGCCGCUGAUGCUGACGAUGAUGAUGGUGAAAUGGUAGUAGCUGAUAUCGACAGGUUUAUCAUUCCACACGCAAGUCGCGCCACAAAGGUAAUUAAAGAACAAAUUCUCAAACAAAUGGAAACAGAAAAACAUUAAAAACACCCAUUAUUAUUAUUAUUAUUAUUAUUAUUAUUAUUAUUAUUAUUAUUAUUAUUAUUAUUAUUAUUAUUUAUUUAUUUAUUAUUCAUCCUUGUGAUUCUGAGCCAACGUAACCUAACCAAACUUUGAAUUAACUAGCCUAGUCUAAUCAAACUUUGCGUCUUCCUCUUCUUGUUUUCCUUCCUCCUCUUCCAUCAAUUACUUUUUUUCUCACUUAAUCGUCUGUUAGUUGGUUACAGUGUUAAUAUUAUUAUUAUAUUAUUAUUAUUAUUAUUAUUAUUAUUAUUAUUAUUAUUAUUAUUAUUAUUAUUAUUAUUAUUAUUAUUAUUGUCAGUGUCAAGUGAAGUCAGGUGUGCAUCGGCAACGUUAUGAAGUGAGAA